AUGGUUCAAGUGGUGUUUCUUGUAGUGCUCGCAGUUGCUACAGCAGCCCACUGCUCUGUGGUCCCAGUACUGCAAGCAGACAGUGACAGCUCCAGCUUCGCGUACGAUGUAGCCGAUCCAAACACCGGUGACUACAAGAGUCAGGUGGAAUCACGCGUCGGUGGAACUGUGAAGGGACAGUACUCGUUGCUCGACGCCGAUGGCACACGACGUAUAGUCGAUUACACCGCCGAUGAUGUCAAUGGCUUCAAUGCAGUUGUGAGAAAAGAGCCUGCCACUAUUGUAGCAAGGGUUGCUCCGACUGUUGUGUCUACUCCGGCUGUCAGCCCUGCUUAUGUAGCUGGCUCUGUCGCCGCACCAUCAGUCUAUUCCAUCGGAUCGCCAUUUUAUGCAUCACCCUCUGCUUACGCCACUAGGGCUUUAGCAACUCCCUAUUACUACUCUCGCUCUCCUUACACUUACAGUUCUUAUGCAACCCCUUUGAUUUCCUAC